UAGAGACGAUAAUUUUAGAAGUUGCUUGAUGACAGCCAUGCAGUGCGCAACUGCCUGGCGCGGCUUGGCACUUCGGCCGUGGCAGGGCCAGGCCUUGUCACAGGCGCGGCUCUACCGCUAUUCGGCCAGACCAACUGGAGCCACGGGAUGCCAAGCUCCUUUGGCGUCCCUCGCAGCUGCAACCAUUGGUUGCACUGCCGGUCUUCGAAGAAAUCUGGCGAUGGCAGCCGGGGACGAGCAAAGAGUCGCUGCUGAUGGGGAUGCGGUCUUGAUCAACUACACGGGCAAGCUGAAGGACGGGACGGUCUUUGACUCAACGGCGGGCCGGUCGCCUUUGACAUUCACCUUGGGCAGCGGGCAGGUGAUUCCAGGUUUCGAAGAAGCCGUGCGUGGGCUAAAGCCUGGUGAUGAAACUGAAGUCUCCAUACCACCUGAAAAGGCCUAUGGAGAGCGAAACGAGGCAUUGGUCAUGACGGUUCCUGCAGACAAAGCGCCGCAGGGUUUGGAGGAAGGAAUGUCGGUGGAAUUGGGCACGACAGGUGCCAGAAAGAUCCCUGCAAUGGUGACCCAGAUUGCUGCAGAUGGCACUGUUACCAUUGACGCAAACCCGCCGCUGGCUGGUCAGACGCUGAACUUCAAGAUCGGCUUUGUGGAAUUUAAGGAGCUGCUGGCGCCUUCGACGCCGCCUGCCGGGAAAGAGUUUGCCACCUUUGCCGCUGGCUGCUUUUGGGGCGUGGAGAUUGCCUUUCAGAGGGCGCCGGGCGUGACGGGGACGAGCGUGGGCUAUGCGCAGGGUCAGUCUGAGAAGCCAACGUAUGAAGAGGUUUGCACCGGCAGCUCUGGUCAUACAGAGGCCGUUCGGGUCGUGUAUGACCCUUCUGCGGUCUCGUUUGAGCAGCUUCUGGAGACAUUCUGGGAGAGAGUGGGCAAGAAUGCAACUACCUUGAAUCGAGCAGGCAAUGACGAAGGGACGCAGUACCGUAGCGGCAUUUACUACCACAACGACGAGCAGAAAGCGGCCGCCGAAGCGAGCAUUAAGAGCUUGGAGGAGCGUCUUGGCGAAAAGGUGGUGACAGAAGUAGAAGCUGCUGCGCCCUUCUGGCUUGCGGAGGAAGUCCACCAGCAGUACCUGGCCAAGGGUGGGCGCUUUGGCCAGCCACAGAGCGUGGAAAAGGGCAGCAAGGAGGAGAUCCGCUGCUAUGGCUAGUGGCGUCGGGCAACUGCAGCGCGUAUGAGAGGGAUUGCAGAAGCCAUCGACCGUGGCUGCAAAUUUAACUUUAGGCACUCUUUCCGACAAUACCUUAUUGCGAGGGGUGAGCUUAGAAUUGCGACAGCGCAGGCGGGG